AUGUCCAAGCGCACCUUUUCCGUCAACGACUGGGCUCAGGAAGCGAAGAUGGAAUCUCCAUCCGAGUCGUCUACCUUAGCCGAAGGCUCAACAGCCAAGUCACACACUGCCAGCGAAGCAGGCACCAUCCACACACAGCCCCAGCGGAAUCGCAGCAUGAGCCUUUCUAUGCCAUGGCGACGACCCAAGUCAUUUGCUUUCGGACACGAUCAUUCUCAUUCUCAUACUCAUUCACAAAAUUUAUCUCGACAUUUUACCGAUCUCGCUAUCGACGACCCCGAAGACGACAUGCACGAUUCAAAUCAACAUCACCACCACACCCCUGGUAAACAGAUCAAGGGCAUGUUCCGACGUGCCUCGCUCUCCAUCAACCGCAUGGUCCACCGUCGAUCUUCUAUUGUCGAGGACACAGAAGAGACCGUCGACUCCAGCCGACCUACCACCUCUUACACCGGUGCGCAUUCGACUUGGAAUCGACUUCGACAAGCUACCAUGCGACGCUCACGAUCCAUUUACGGCUUCGACUUGCACCGUGAGACCUACCACGAGAACCCUUCUCAACUGCCUAUUCCUGGCUUUGGUGGCGAGCCGCCCGUCAUUCCCACCAACUCUGGAGCUGCUGCCAAGGCAUCGGCUGCUAUGCAGAACGAGUACCGCCAAGGUCUUGCCAACAUGUGGUUGAACCCCAGAACCAACGACGAAAGCAACGAUCGUGAGAGCGGUAUCGGAAUUACCGUGACUCUUCCCGGUGUCGAGUCCGAAGAAAACGAGACGGAGCAGAACACUGCUAUUAGCACAAUCGACUUCAUCUCCAGACUCCCUGCUGAGCUCGCCAUUCAUGUUCUCGCGAAUCUUGAUGCUGCUGCCCUUACCAAGGCUGCUGUGGUGUGCAAGAGCUGGAACAAGAUUGUGAGUAACCAACACAUUUGGCGCGAGUCUUGCCUUCGAGAAACAACCACCACCUAUGCGACUAGUGAGCCUGUCGUGCCCGGAAGUGGCCUCGGAGUACCUGCUGUUUCGCCUGUCAACGACUGGAGAGAAAUAUACCGUGUUAAGCAGGAGCUGAACCAGCGAUGGAAGACUGGCCAAGCCAGACCUGUCUAUCUGAAUGGGCACAAAGAUAGUAUCUAUUGCCUUCAGUUUGACGAGCAUAAAAUCAUCACUGGUUCCCGCGACAAGACUAUCCGUAUUUGGGACAUGCACACCCUUCAGUGCAGUCUUGUCAUUGGACCUCACGAGGUCAUCAAUGAGUCCGAUGUUCUCUACGACGAGGAGGACCAGCCUACUCAUUUUGCUUCUGGUUCGUCUGAGAAUGACAAGACAAACUUUUCUGUACCUGCCAUCAGGUCUUUCCCGACUUAUCACAUGGCGUCUAUUCUGUGCCUUCAGUACGACGACGAAAUUCUCGUUACUGGAUCUUCUGACUCUACCUGCAUUGUUUAUGACGUGCGUGCUGGGUAUGAACCCAUCCGCCGGCUUCGACAUCACACAGCGGCCGUUCUCGAUCUCGCUUUCGACGACAAGCAUAUCGUGACCUGCAGCAAGGACUUUACCAUUUGCGUCUGGGACCGCAACACGGGUGACUUGAUCAAGCAGCUUCGAGGUCACAACGGCCCCGUCAAUGCAGUACAGAUGCGAGGCAACACCAUCGUGUCCUGCUCGGGAGAUUUCCGCGUCAAGUUGUGGAACAUUGAGACGGGCAAGAACAUUCGCGAAUUUACUGGGCACACCAAGGGCCUGGCCUGUUCUCAAUUCUCCGAGGAUGGCCGGUACAUUGCAUCUGCCGGUAACGACAAGGUGAUCCGUAUUUGGGAUGCCAACACCGGCGAGUGUCUCCGAGAGAUGCGUGCCCACGAGAACCUAGUUCGCAGCCUUCACAUUGACAGUGUGAGUGGUCGACUGGUCAGUGGAAGCUACGACACCGACAUCAAGGUGUGGGAUAUGGAGACUGGACAUCAGCUGCUCGAUUUCCCCAAAUGGCACGCAAGUUGGGUUCUGAGCGCAAAGAGUGAUUACCGACGUAUUGUCAGCACCGGGCAAGACCCCAAGAUCUUGAUUAUGGAUUUCGGUGCUGAUGUCGAAGGGAUCCAGAACAUUGAAAGUGUCAAACCAGUUGAGCUGAACGGAGGAUUCAUCUGA